GGUGGUGUCCUAGUACUUUUGUGCAGUAAUUGUGUCAGUAAAUUUCACCUUUCUGCAGUUUAUAGAACGCUGUUCAGGGAGAAGCAGCAUAAAUAUCCUGUGAGUGGUAUGACUAUGGGACCAUGUGCCAUCUUCGUAAAAGAACAUUUCGCGAAGCAUCACCCGAAAGACUUAAUGGAGGGGAAGAACACAAUGAAAGAAGCUGGUGCAGCAUGGAAGUCUCUCGACGAAGCUUCGAGAAAGAAAUACGAGGAACUUUCUAAACGUUACCGCGAAGAGAAGAUUAAGGAAUUUGAGGCUCUUUCAGAGGAAGAGAAGAAAGAGAUGAUCGCUUCAUCACUGGAAGCAAAGGAGGAAAAAGUCAAAAGGAAAACUCGUAAGGAGAGGAGAGAGAACUGGGAAAAGACUGGGCAUCCAGAAAAACCACCAACAGCCUACAACCUCUAUGUGCAGGAGAAGUAUAACACACUGAAGGCACAAGGAGAAAUAAUUCACACCAGUUGCUAA